AUGUACAUGAAUCAAUGUAAAUUAUAUUCUUACACCAAGCAAUUUUUGUGCAAAGAAAGUUUUAAAGAUUUGGUGAUGGCUCGUCAUGAAAAUCCCUUUGACAUGCAGAUUAAGCUGCUGAUGAUCGGCGAUAGCGGUGUGGGAAAGACGUGCUUGCUGCUUCGCUACGCGAAUGACUCAUUCUCCCCGACGUUUAUUACAACUAUUGGCAUCGACUUUAAAAUCAAAAAUAUAGAACUGGAUAACAAAAAGGUGAAGCUUCAGAUCUGGGAUACAGCUGGGCAAGAACGUUUCCGUACUAUUACGACGUCGUACUUCCGCGGCGCGCAGGGUAUUUUAUUGGUCUAUGACGUCACAGACCGUGCGUCUUUCCAGAGCAUCCGAAACUGGGUGGGUCAGAUUCAGCAGCACGCUGACGUGCAUGUGAAUAAAAUUCUUAUUGGAAACAAGUGCGAUAUGACAGAUGAUAAGGUUGUAAGCACUGAGGAGGGUCAGGCAUUAGCGGACGAGUAUGGUGUCAAGUUUUUCGAGACAAGUGCGAAGAACAAUAUCAACGUUGAAGGAGGAUUCAUCAAGAUUGCACGCGAAGUAAAGAACAGGCUCGUGGAAGAAGGUGGACCCCACAAGAAAGACAACGUCAACCUCAACGCAAAGCCAACACCUGCGAAGAAGGGCUGUUGUUAA